CCUCCAGGCACGGCUUGGAUGACGAGUAUUUCUCAGAGAAAACCACCACACAAGCUUUCGAUUUCUCCAUGUCUCCCUUGGAUAAUCCAUCGCUUUUCGGAUCGGAUCCGCCGAUGUAAGAGGAUAUUCCUCUGCGGUGAAAAGCGGCGGAGAGGUGGCUGAUGAAGGAGUACCGCACCUUAUCCUCACAUCUAUCGAAGCUGAUGUACACUUCCACCAUGAUCAGACGCCGCGUUGUUUGAGAGGUAGAACUAGUCCAAGAUUUGAAAAAAGAGGAUCUUUUAUUGAGAUGUUUGCAACCAUGUCUUGUCUCUCCUAAGGAGACUCUAACACAUUUUGUCUCCUAACAAAACUCAGAUGGAGGAGGUCUCUUCCUCUUCCAAAGUCAAGGUACUUCCCUUGCCUCCGCAGUACCAAGUGUUUGUAAACUUCAGGGGAGAUGAGUUGCGGUACAACUUUGUUAGCCAUCUCACAAGUGCAUUGCUCAGAGAUGGGGUCAACAUCUUCAUAGACACGAAUGAGGAAAAAGGAAAAUCUUUAAAUGUGCUUUUCGAGAGGAUUGAAGAGUCGAGGAUCGCCUUGGCUCUCUUUUCUGUGAGGUACACCGAGUCAAAAUGGUGCCUGAACGAACUGCUGAAGAUGAAAGAAUGCAUGGACAAAGGUCAACUCCUCAUCAUUCCCAUCUUUUACAAGGUUCAAGCAUACGAAGUUCGGUUUCAGAGGGGACGGUUCGGUUAUUUGUUUAACAAGUUGCGCCAUGUUGACGUUGACAAGAAGAAGCAGUGGUCUGAAGCUUUGAACUCUGUCGCUGACCGAAUAGGCUUCUGCUUCGACGGAAAGAGCGACGAAAACAAGUUCAUCCACAGUAUCGUCGAAAAGGUUAAGCAAGCGCUGAGAAAAAUUCAGUUGGAUGAAAGCAAAGGCAACUCUGUUUUUCUUUCAAAAAACACUUCGUUGCGCUUAGGAAGAGAAAACAAUGAGAUUUAUGGACUCAAGCAACGCUUGGACGAAUUGGAGGAGAAGUUUGAUCUUGACUGUCAGGAGACUCGAUAUUUGGGAGUUGUUGGGAUGCCAGGCAUUGGUAAAACCACUCUUGCAAGGGAGUUAUAUGAAACUUGGCAGUGCAAAUUCGUAAGUCACGUGUUAAUCCAAGAUAUUCGUAGAACUUCCAAGGAGCUUGGGUUGGAUUGCUUGCCUGCAUUACUCUUGGAAGAAUUACUCGGUGUAAGAAAUUCAGACGUAAAAUCUUCUCAAGGCGCCUACGAAUCCUACAAGAGUGAACUACUCAAACAUAAAGUUCUCGUUGUUCUCGACGAUGUGAGUGACAGAAAGCAGAUAGAGGUUCUUCUGGGGAGUUGCGACUGGAUUAGGCAGGGAAGUAGAAUUGUCAUUUCAACAAGCGACAAGUCACUAAUCCAAGAUGUUGUCGACUAUACUUAUGUUGUCCCACAGUUAAACCACAAAGACGGACUAGGUCACUUUGGGCGUUAUGCCUUUGACCAUCAUUCCAGCAAACACAACAAUGAAGUCAUCAUGAAGCUAUCAAAAGAGUUUGUGCAUUAUGUUAGAGGUCAUCCGCUAGCUCUUAAGUUGUUGGGCGCAGAUCUUAAUGGGAAAGACGAGGGCUAUUGGAAAACAAUACUGGCAACACUCUCCCAAAGUUCCUGCCCGUGUAUUCGAGAUGUGUUGGAAGAAAGCUAUAAUGAGUUGAGUCAAGAGCACAAAGAGAUAUUUCUCGACAUGGCUUGUUUUAGAAGGGAAGAUGAGAGUUACGUUGCAAGUUUACUGGAUACAUCUGAAGCCGCAAGAGAAAUAAAAACUCUCAUAAACAAAUUCAUGAUAGAUGUUUCUGAUGGGCGAGUAGAGAUGCAUGAUUUACUAUAUACCUUCGCCAAGGAGAUUUGCCGAAGAGCACAUGCUCAAGAUGGAAAGGGGGGACAUAGGUUGUGGCAUCACCAAGAUAUCAUUGAUGUACUAAAGAACAUAGAGGAAGGCGAGAAAGUUAGAGGGAUUUUCCUAAACAUGAAUGAAAUGAAGAGGGAGAUGAGCUUAGACAGUUGCACCUUUGAACCAAUGCUCGGUCUCAGAUACCUCAAGAUCUAUAGCUCAGGCUGUCCUGAGCAAUGCAGACCUAACAAUAAGAUAAACCUCCCUGAUGGACUAAACUUUCCUGUGGAAGAGGUUCGGUAUCUCCACUGGCUGGAGUUCCCAUUGAAAGAACUUCCACCAGAUUUCAACCCUCGCAAUCUUGUGGACCUUAAGCUUCCUUACAGCAAGAUUGAACGAAUCUGGAGUGAUGAUAAGGAUACAUCAAAAUUGAAGUGGGUCAAUCUCAACCAUUCCAGUAACUUGCGCGUCUUGUCAGGAUUAUCAAAGGCUCAAAAUCUGCAAAGAUUGAACCUUGAAGGCUGCACAAAAAUGGAAACUUUACCCCAUGAUAUGCAACAUAUGAGAAGUCUUCUUGUCCUGAACCUGAACGGGUGCACAAGUCUCAACUCUCUUCCGGAAAUAAGUUUGGUGUCACUAGAAACUCUCAUCCUCAGCAACUGCUCAAACCUGAAGGAAUUCCGGGUGAUCUCACAAAAUCUAGAAGCUCUAUACUUGGAUGGCACUUCAGUGAAAAAACUCCCUCUGGAUAUCAAAAUACUGAAGAGACUUGCCUUGUUGAAUAUGAAAGGAUGCACGAAGCUGAAGGAAUUUCCUGAUUGUCUUGAUGACUUGAAAGCUCUCAAGGAAUUGAUACUCUCAGAUUGCUCGAAGCUCCAACAAUUUCCUGCAAACGGCGAAAGCAUCAAGGUUUUAGAGACAUUGCGAUUGGAUGCGACAGGCUUAACUGAGAUUCCGAAGAUAUCCUCCUUACAGUGUUUAUGCUUAAGCAAGAAUGAUCAGAUCAUCUCCCUUCCAGAUAACAUCAGUCAACUCUAUCAACUAAAAUGGUUGGACUUGAAGUAUUGCAAGAGUCUUACAUCUAUUCCAAAGCUUCCACCAAAUCUUCAGCACUUUGAUGCACAUGGCUGUUGCUCACUUAAAACAGUCUCGAAUCCACUGGCAUGUCUUACGACAACUCAACAGAUCUGUUCCACGUUCAUAUUCACGAGCUGCAACAAACUUGAGAUGAGUGCGAAGAAAGAUAUAUCUUCCUUUGCUCAAAGGAAAUGCCAGCUGCUUUCAGAUGCACAAAACUGCUGCAAUGUUUCGGAUUUGGAGCCUUUGUUCAGUACUUGCUUUCCUGGAAGUGAACUACCUUCAUGGUUAGGUCAUGAAGCCGUUGGAUGUAUGUUAGAGCUCAGAAUGCCCCCACAUUGGCGCGAAAAUAAGCUUGCCGGUCUAGCUUUAUGUGCUGUUGUCUCAUUUCCAAACUCCCAGGUACAAAUGAAGUGUUUUUCGGUGAAAUGCACACUGAAGAUAGAAGUAAAAGAAGGGUCGUGGAUCGACUUUUCUUUCCCAGUUGGAAGUUUGAGAAAUCAGGACAAUGUUGUAGAGAAUACUGCGUCACCAGAGCAUAUCUUUAUUGGUUAUAUCAGCUGUUCAAAGAUCUUUAAACGUCUUGAAAGCCAGCAUUUUAUCAGCCCUGAUCCUACGAAGUCCACUCUAUCUAGUAAAUGUAGUCCUACCAAGGCCUCCUUUAAAUUCACGGUCACAGAUGGUACGAGCGAGAUACCGGGGCUCGAAGUGCUCAAGUGUGGCUUAAGGUUUUUUAUAGGUGGUGAGAGCAGUGGAGAUUGUUUAAAGAAGUUGGAAGUGAAAGAUGCUGAACAGAAUCCAAGUGCACAAAAGUUAUCAGAUAAUUGGACGAGUGAAUCAGAUACCACUACUGAGGUUGCUGUUUCGCCUGAAAAUGCAAACAGUGCAGAACAGAGCCCAGAGACGGUUACAACAGCGGUUACGGCUUCACCAGAAAAAGCUAACAGUGCAGAAUUUCAAAUGGAAAUCUCCACAACCCCACGUGAAGGUCAACCACGCCCAUAUAUAAAAACUUCGAAAUGGGUAUGCUUUGCUUGUUUUGACUCCAGAAAACAUCCAUGAACUGUGGAAGAAAAUGAUAGCUCAACACUAGAGAAAAGUAACCAAGGUGCACAUAAAAGAUCCCAAAGAUUCGGAAUCUUGGUGUGUUUAUAAUAAGAAACCAAAGACUUUGGGAUUUAGGUGUAAAAACUCUAACAUAAGAUGGUUUGGUUUGUAUUCACCGAGAUGGAAAUUUUUUGGUAUUUUGGGUAUUAGGUUCUUCAUUGUUGUGUGAACUCGUUUGAAAGUUGAAUGUGUGGACGUGUUUCGUUAAGGCUGGAGUUUUAUGUCAAGCUCUUGCCAAAUCAUAGAUGCGGAGGUUCUGAUGAUUUGUUUAUUUAGUUUUCAUUUUUAUUUUCUUCUCUCCCAAGGCUUUUCUGGUUCA